AUGGCUUCGCUACCGGGUGUAAGCAAAACGAUUUUAACAGGCGGUUUGGAGAUAUGUCGUAUCUUAAAUGGAAUGUGGCAGGUAUCUGGUGCACAUGGACACAUUGAUGUUGACAAAGCAGUCAAUGAAAUGAUAGAUUAUUAUGAUGCUGGUUUAACUACAUUUGACAUGGCCGAUAUAUACGGCCCUGCUGAAGUUAUAUAUGGUCGCUUUCUGGCUAAGCUGAAGAAAGCAAGAGGAGAAGAUGCUGUGAAAAAUGUUCAGGGUUUAAGUAAGUUUGUACCUAGACCAGGCCCUAUGACACGACAGUUUCACUGGUGGGACUAUAAUGAUGAGAGAUAUCUAGAGGCUAUGAAACAUUUACAAGAUCUAAAAACUGAAGGUCUUAUAGGUGAAGUUUCACUGACUAAUUUUGAUACAGCCAGAAUGAUGAGAAUGAAAGAAGAAGGAAUAAAUCUAUCAAGUAAUCAAGUUCAGUAUUCUCUGGUAGAUAUGAGACCCAGUGUAAAAAUGGCAGAUUUCUGUGUUAAAAAUAACAUCAAACUUUUAACAUACGGAACAUUAUGUGGUGGAUUAUUGAGUGAAAAGUACCUAAAUAAACCUGAACCAACCAGAUCAGAGUUGAAUACUGCAUCUUUAAGUAAAUAUAAAAGAAUGAUAGAUACUUGGGGUGGAUGGGCAUUAUUUCAAGAACUGCUACAAACAUUAGAUACCAUAGCUAAACAACAUAAUGUCAAGAUAUCUAACAUAGCUACUAGGUAUAUACUAGAUGAACCAGGUGUAGGUGGUGUUAUUAUUGGGUGCAGAUUAGGUGUUCCUGGUUGUCAACAUAUUAAUAAUAACCUCCAAACUUUUCAUCUCAAGUUAACACAAAGUGAUCGAGAUAAAAUUGAGUGUGUGAUUAAGAAAGGUCAGAAUUUAAUGAGUUUGAUUGGUGACUGUGGUGAUGAAUACAGAUAG